AUGGAGGCAGGUUUACUGUUUUAUCAAGGAAGAAUUGUAGUCCCAGACGUUGGAACAUUACAAACAGACCUAUUACAAUUCUUCCAUGACAGCCCCUUAGCCGGACACCCAGGCAGGCAACGCACACUAGAACUGAUCUCAAGGAAUUACUACUGGCCAGGCAUCUGUGCCAACACAUACUGGCAUGUGGAUUCCUGCAAAACUUGCCAACAGAUUAGAAAACCCAAGUAUGCGUCCAUCCCUCCUCAGCCCCUGGAACUGCCUACAUGCCCCUGGCAACACGUAUCUUAUGAUAUGAUUGUAGACCUGCCCAAAGAUGGAAGUAGUGACUCUAUCCUGGUCAUAGUAGACAGUUUCACCAAAUACGUCAUCCUGGUGGAAUGUUCCAAGAAACUAAAGGCCCCAGAACUGGCAGACUUAUUCUUACAUCACAUAUGGAAACGCUAUGGCAUGCCUGAGAAAACAGUCUUGGACCAAGGAAGAGUCUUCAAUAACAAAUUCCUGAAGGCACUGUACCAAUGCCUAGGAAUAGACCCUCACUUCUCCUUGGUGUAUCAUCCACAGAGCAACGGGCAAACAGAACACGUGAACCCUACAAUUGAGCACUACCUAUGGGCUUACUCAGGGGUCAACCAAAAGGACUGGGUCAAAUGGCUACCAAUGGCAGAAUUUGCCUACAACAACGCAGUUCAUAGUGCUACAGGCAAAUCACCUUUCAAGGCACUAUAUGGAUGGGAACCAGCACUCACCCCUAGCAGCAUUCCUACCAACAUACCAGAGGCAGACAAAUUGGCAGCACAAAUGGAAGCUCAAUGGCGGGAAAUAGCAGCAGCGCUCCGGCAAUCAAAGAUCCACAUGACAGCUGGAGAAACAGGAGAACCAAUUAACUUUGAGAUUGGAGAAGAGGCCUGGCUAGACGCCAAGAAUGUGAAGCUGAAGACCCUGAGUCCUAAGCUUGCAGAACAACGCCUGGGCCCCUUUGAGAUAACAGAAAAAAUCUCCAACCGUGCAUACUGCCUGAAACUCCUGCCAUCAAUGAGGAUCCACAAUGUCUUCUACAUAGGAUUACUGUCCAAGGUUGAAUGGGACAAGAAGCGCACCUUUGAAAACUGCCCUCCACCUGUCACUGUGGAUGGAGAAGAAGAAUACAAGGUAGAAGGAAUCACCAAUGCAGAGGAGCAAAAUGGGAAAUGGUUCUUCCGGGUCAAAUGGAAGGGCUACAGCCCCAAGGAAAACAUGUGGGAACCCCAAGAAAAUCUAAAAAACACCAAAAAUUUUUUAGAAAAGUAA